GCUCAUUGCAACGCCGGUACUUGGCUCGGAGUUGUUCAAGCAUAUAUAAAGGAAGGGAACGUCACCUUUCAAGAGACCUUAUCCAGAAAGCAACAUGCAUCUCUUGGUGGUCUCAACACUCCUUUCGGGAGCUGCAACGCUCUCUUAUGCCGGGAAUAGAGUGCCUUUUGAACCAGACCCUCCUCAUAUUGCCGCCAAUUUUCCGGAUGUAGAUCAAAAGCUCUACUCUCCCGCCUUCAUCGAACCUGAGAGUGUUGCUCCCGGUUUCGCCAAUGGCACAUCGGCACCAAAUUCCCAGCAGAAGCUGGAACAGUUCCUGUGGACGCUUGCUUCUCGAAACGAAUGGAUGACCUAUCACAAUCCUGUGUUCAUCUCUGAAGAGGGACGCUCGAUUCCAUACGUUGUUCUGUCUGCAUCAAAAUCGCUCCUACAGACAGCAGCAGUGGGUAAUACCACCAACAAAGUCCGCGUAUGGCUACAGGGCGGAGUUCAUGGGAAUGAACCGGCUGGUGAAGAAGGGCUCCUUGCUCUUCUUGGAAAAAUGGAUGCUGAACCGGAAUGGGCACUUGGACUUCUGGAAAAGCUCGAUAUUAUUGUUCUUCCACGAUAUAAUCCCGAUGGGUCGGCUUACUUUCAGCGUCUCUUUGCGACAAGCUUCGACCCCAACCGAGACCAUACCAAGAUGGCUUCUCAACAGACUAUGGAGGUCAAACAGCUGAACCUCAAGUUCAAUGCCCAUGUCCACCUUGAUUGCCAUGAGUAUGGAGCCCGAAGAGGGUUAACCCAUGAAAACAAGACAUAUAUCCCUGUGCAGGAUAACCAGUUCUCGGCAUUUAAGAACCCAAAUGUCCACGCUGAUAUCCGAUCAAUGGCAGAAACUCUGUUUGUCCCAGAAGUUGCCAGCGCUCUGCGAAAGAAGAACCUUACAACGAAUGGCUAUGUUGUUGCAUCGCAAGAAAACGACACUAUCAAACUCCAAGAUUUUGUCACCGACACUCGUGGUGAAGUCACUGUUUUCCUCGGUCAAGGACUGGCUUUUCUCUCUGAGACGAGAGGGAUUGGUAUUGGUGAUCGCAAUUUCCAGCGCAGAACAACAGCUGGUUUGACUGCUGCUGAGACUGUGUCGCGAAUUGCUGCUGACAAUGCCGAACUGGUAUAUGAAACUGUUGAAGAAGCGAGGAAGGACUUUAUCGAAAAUGGCCAGGAGAUCAUUGUGAGGGAUCAGCCAAGAUGGAUGGAGACGACAUGGCCAUACCUUGACGCCGAAACAGGAAACAUCACCGAAGUUCCUGUUUUGUUUGGCAACAACACUCCUCCUGCGAGUAACCUUACCCGCGCACGCCCCGAAGCAUACAUCUUCAGUAGAGCCUGGUCUAAUGCUGCCCUUCGCCUUCGAGCUGCUGGUGUUGUUGUGGAUGAGCUUGCAGUCGACUUUGAAGGUGAAGUCGAAGCAUACAACAUCACGUCUGCUACGCUGGCAGAAACCAAGUAUGAGGGUAUUGCAUUGACUACAGUGAAUACUGAGUUGAGCAAGAAGACGAUGAAGUUUCCUGCUGGGGCAUAUUGGGUCGGUACGAAACAGCAGCAUGCAGCCCAGGCUUUUGUUAGACUGGAGCCUGAGAAUCUAGAUGGGUUUGUUACGUUCAACAUAUUCCCCGUCAAUGUAGGAGAUGAAUAUCAGGUCUAUAGAAUUCCGUCCAAGACUCAAUAGUGGCAUAGUGCAAGACAGUAGGACGAUGAGAUGAACAUAUGUAUAUCUUUCUGCCUAUCUACUGGCAAGAAUUUGUGCAUUGCCCAAGCUGUGUGAAAUCGCCUGGCAUUUAUG